CUCCCGGGGCAGAGGGAGAGGGAUUUUUAGGUGGGGGUUUUUAGGUGGGGAUUUUUGACAACCAAGAGGUUAUGAUCGUUCUCCCCGGGAGAGACGGUGACAGGGAGUUACUCCAGGAGCAUAAACCAAGGCUUGUCAACCUGGUGAUGAGGAAGUGGACGUAGACACCAUGUGGACAGCGAAAACUCCAUCACUGCGGAUCGAUGUAGCGGAUUUAAAGUGUAAAAAUGGAUGUGGAUUCUUCGGGAAUGACGAGUGGGAAGGAUAUUGCAGUAAAUGUCACCGGGAGUACCUCCAGAGGAAGAGAGCCAAGAGGGAGAGGCAAACGAGGGGACAGAACCACGAGACCGAUGCAGCAAAACACUCGACACCUCCAGGUAUCAGUAAAGUAGACGAUAAAAAACGUCAGCAGGAGAAGAAAAAUAAAUUACUGAACAUCUCGGCGUUCUGGAAGUUGCCCUCGAAGCCCCCGGGGUACGACGAUCUCCUGAAGGAACUGGUGCAGAACAACGAGGACCUGGACAAAGUCAAGUCCGAGAACACCGACUUGAUGCACAUAAUCAGCAAAACACCAGCUGAGAAGGACGUGAAGAGGUGCAUCCGCACCCUCGUCUCGAACAUUCUCCAGAACAGAAAUGCCAAGAGGAUCGAGGAGCUCUCGGAGAUCACCCAGAAUUUCUACCAAGUCUUCGGGAAGAGAAUGGAUAACAGUCCGAAUUAUGCCGGGAUUUCUCCAGAGGUGAAGGAGCGACUCCUGGACUACGUGGAGAGACACUCCAUGACACUUCUCUAUCGUGUUCUCUUCUGUCCACCUUUUACCAUCGACGAGGAGAAAGAUUUGGCGAUUCAGAAGAGAAUUCGCCAGUUGAAUUGGGUGAGUGGUAAAAAUCUUGAGUGCAGAAUCCACGAGACGAGUCCAGAGGUACGCGAACUCGUCUACACGUCGAUAACAGAUCUCCUGAAUAUGGACUCAGCUAAGGCACCUCAGGAGAAAUUAACCUGCGUUGUCAACUGCUGCAGGAAUAUUUUCCAGCUACUCCAGCAGUCGGUGGGUGGUCCAGCAUCAGCUGAUGAAUUCCUUCCAGCACUCAUCUUCAUCGUCCUCAAGGCCAAUCCAGCGAGACUCAAGAGUAAUAUCAAUUUUAUCACGAGAUUCUGCAACGCUAGUAGAUUAAUGACUGGCGAGGGUGGAUAUUAUUUCACUAAUUUGUGCUGCGCUGUUUCGUUUAUCGAGAAUUUGACUGCUGAGAGCUUGAAUAUGUCGGAGAAGGACUUCAAUGCUUUUAUGUCUGGGGAGAGGGUGCCUGCUAAUACCUGGGAGUCAGCACUGACCAUUUGCGAGAGUCUUCACAUGAUGUGCGAGGAUAUCACUCUGUUGGAGGAGCUCAAGGGCAAAAAUCAGGACGUCGUCGACGAGGCCAGGAGGCUUAAGCUCGAGAUCGUUGAGUUUCAGAGGAAAAUUCGGGUGGAAGUCGAAGAUGGCAUCGACAAAUCACCGCUGAUCAUCUCCAGGAGUCAGCGGGUACCUACCAACAUCGACUGCGAGGAUGUCGAGGGAUACAAAUUACCUCCACCAAUUAUUCCCCAGUUGUACUCCCAGCAUGUGGGUAUGGACGACCCUGACUGUCAGGAUGCAUCGAAAAAUCCAUCCAUCGAUGACUGCAUCACUCCGUCCCCUACCUUCGAUUUUCCACCGUUCGUCGACUGCUGUCUUGACACCAGCAAACCUGAUGACGACACCAGUCUCAUCAGUCUUGAUGCCCAGUGUGAUUUCUCCAGUGUUGACCUCGAGCCUAUGGAGAAGACUCCAGACAGUCUUCUCGAUAAUUCCCAUGGUUCAACCUCUAAUCUUCCUUCACCACUCACUCCGGGGCUCUUCACCGAGGAUUAUCAGGGGUUCACUCUCCAGGGAUCCAACAUUCCCACCAUUCCCUGCAGCACUGGCGAUCUCUCACUCACAUCAAAUGAUCGAGAUACCGAUAAUUACGCUAAUUAUUUUAAAAGUAUUUAGUCGACCUGGGGAAGAUCCUCUAUCCGUCGAGGGGAUGAUUUUUCAAUGACGUUUACCAAGUCUAAAUUUCUGGGAAAUUUCUUACUUCUUGGUGAGGGCCUGUGCAGGUUAUUUGUGCCUUAGGGCCCCGAAUUCUCGAUUAACCAAAAAGGCCAAGGAAAUUCAGGACUUGUGAGUAAGUGUUAAUAUUUAAUUAUGCAUUAAUUAGGAAAUAGGAUUCUGUAAUAAAUAAAAUAUUUAAACAAUUUAA